AUGGCCGCCACCAAGCUGUCGAAAAAGCAGCGCGGCAAGCUGAAAGCCACUAAGGCCAAGAAGGAGUCGGCCAAGUCGCACGUUAAGUUCGAUGACAAUGGAGACCAGGUGGUUCCCAAGAAACGCGCGCGCGUGAUUAAGAAGAAUGCUGAGGAGGUGAAGGAGGGUGGCGGCAAGUCCGAUCGAUCACCGGAGAUGAUCCAGCAGGCCAAGUAUUAUCUUGAGCAGUGGCAAAAGCGCAACGAGCCCAAAGCUGAUGACGAAUUACCUUGGAAGUUCAAAACAAUCAAACAGCAAUGGAUCUUGCAGUGGAUGUAUGAGGCAGAUGUUGUGCCAAAGUCCAUGUUCGCCAUUGUACUUGAAUAUCUAAAUGGCAUUCGGGGAGCUGCGCGCAAGCGUGUCAUGGAUUCAGCGCAAGAUAUCAUCGACAUUGGCGUUCCUGCAAAAGAAGAUGAAGAAGCCGCCGCUGAGGAGAAAGAAAAGAUGCUCAGUAUUAAACUUGCGCGGCGACGUUACAAGCGUGCCUUGCAGGUGGCGGAGUUGCUGGCUUAA